AUGGCUACCGCCCACGAGACUACUGCCGCGGAGGCACUCCAGCACGGCCAAGAGGUCGCUGACCAGCACCCUCAUCUAUACGGCGCUACCCUCAACGACUCCAACGUUGCCGGCGCGCACGUUAAUACCCACUACAAUCUCGAGAAGCCCGGUGCACUCACUACCGGCUCCGGCUCCGAUGCUGCUUCCUUUGUCCAAGAGGAGGAUGGCAUUGGCGGUAUCAGGCCUACCGCUGAGGAAUUGAAGACCCUCCGCAAGGUCGGAGAGCCUCUCCCCAAGAGCGCUUUCUUGGUCGCCAUUGUCGAGCUCUGUGAGCGUUUCACUUACUAUGGUGCUUCCGGUAUCUUCCAAAACUACAUCUCGCGCCCUCGCAGUGGUGAGGAAGGUCGCGGUGCGCUCGGUAUGGGCCACCAGGGAGCCACUGGUCUCUCUACCUUCUUCCAGUUCUGGUGCUACGUUACUCCUAUCCUUGGUGCCAUCAUCGCCGAUCAAUACCUCGGAAAGUACAACACUAUCGUCAUCUUCUGCUGCGUCUACAUCGUCGGUCUUAUCAUCCUCACCUGCACAUCUAUCCCGGCUGCUCUCGACCACGGCGCUGGUCUUGGUGGUUUCAUCGUUGCCAUUAUUGUCAUUGGUCUCGGAACUGGUGGCAUCAAGUCCAACGUUGCGCCGUUGAUUGCCGAUCAGUACAAGAGGAGACAAAUGGUCAUCGGCCAUGAUGACAAAACUGGCGAGAAGGUCAUCAUUGAUCCUGCGAUCACUAUCCAGAGGAUUUACAUGAUCUUCUACUGGUGCAUCAACGCCGGAUCUCUGUCUCUGCUCGCUACCCCCUACAUGGAGCGUGACAUCGACUUCUGGUCCGCUUACUUGCUCUGUCUCUGCGUCUUCUUCGUCGGACUGCUCGUCCUCGUCCUCGGUCGCAAGGUCUACGUUGUUCGACCUCCUCAAGGAUCCAUCAUCACCAAUGCCUUCCGCGUUAUCUGGUUGAUGAUCAAGAACCGGAAGAUGGACGCUGCUAAGCCCUCUUACCAGGCCGGCAUGGGCAAGACCAAGCUGCUCAACUGGGACGACCACUUCGUCGAUGAGGUCAAGCGUGCUCUCGUCGCUUGCCAGGUUUUCGCCUUCUACCCCAUCUACUGGGUCGUCUAUGGCAACUUCUCCAACAACUUCGUCACCCAGGCCGGUCAAAUGCGUGGCCACGGUAUUCCCAACGAUCUCAUGCAGAACUUCGACCCCAUCGCCAUUAUCGUUUUCUUGCCUAUUGUUGACCAAUGGCUCAUGCCUACACUCCGCAAGCACAAGAUCCCAUUCCCGCCGAUCAACCGUAUCGUAGCCGGAUUCUGGAUUGCAUCCUUCGCCAUGGUUUACGCUUGCGUUAUUCAAUACUACAUCUACCAGUCCGGUCCUUGCUACGCGCAUCCCGGCAACUGCGACGCUGAUCUUGUCGAUGGCGUUCACCAGGGUAACAACAUCCACAUUGCCGCCCAAACCGGUGCUUACAUGCUCAUUGGUCUCUCUGAGAUCUUCGCCUCGGUCACUGGUCUUGAGUACGCAUACACCAAAGCCCCUCCCAGCAUGAAGUCCUUUGUCCAGUCCAUGUACCUCCUCACCAACGCUUUCGGAUCUGCCAUCUCCGAGGCGCUCAACCCGCUUGUCGUCGACCCCAAGAUCCAGUGGAUGUUUGCUGGUCUUGCUGUUGCGUCGUUCAUCGCUGGCUGCGUCAUCUGGAUUUUGUUCCACCACCUCAAUGAGACUGAGGAUGAGAUGAACCAGCUUGACCAGGAUUACGACAAGGACCCAACCCUGAGGAGGAGCAGUGUGCACGGAGACCGCACUGUUGGUGUUCACCAUUCUAUCGACGAGAAGGCAUAG